GAGCUCACUAAACCCUACUGCCCAGCGCGGCAGCACCCACCCAUCUCGCCGCGCCGCCGCGUAAACCCCGCUCCACCCAUCUUGCCGCCCCGCCCCGCGCCGCCCGUCUCCAGGCGCAACCAUGGCGGCCGCCUCGAGGGGCCUGCUCGCGCGCCUCCGCGGCCUCUCCCUCUCCGCGGGCGGUGGCCCGCGCCUCUCCCUCCUGCCCCCUUCCCGCCUCUUCUCCGCAGAGCCCAUCGUCUCCCACUCCGACGACGACGACGCUGCGGACGGCGGCGGGGGGCGGAUCAUCGAGGCUCGGGCCGGUGUCAUGGGCCCCACCUCGCGGCGAACCGGCGUGAUCGGCGUGAAGUGCGGGAUGUCGGCGAUGUGGGACAAGUGGGGCGCAAAGGUGCCCAUCACCGUCCUCUGGGUCGACGACAACAUCGUCACCCAGGUCAAGACUACCGAGAAGGAGGGAUUCUUCGCCCUACAGCUUGGGGCAGGUCAAAAGAAGGAAAAACACCUAACAAAGCCUGAAGUUGGCCACUUUAGAGCACAGGGAGUGCCUCUGAAGAGAAAGUUAAGGGAAUUUCCAGUCACUGAGGAUGCACUGCUUCCUGUUGGGACAACCAUCACAGUUCGUCAUUUUGUGCCUGGACAAUUUGUUGAUGUCACCGGAAUCACGAAGGGCAAAGGUUUUGCAGGUGGAAUGAAAAGACAUGGCUUUAAGGGGAUGCCUGCAUCGCAUGGUGCAUCUUUGUCACAUCGCAGUAUCGGUUCUACUGGUCAAAGAGAUGCUCCUGGAAGGGUUUUCAAAAAUAGGAAGAUGCCUGGACGCAUGGGUGGUGUGCAACGCACAGUGAAAAAUGUAUGGGUUUAUCAAAUAGACCCAUCCAGGAACUUACUAUAUCUGAAGGGCCAGGUUCCUGGCCCUCAAGGUAGCUUUGUUUUCGUUAAGGAUUCUAUAUUCAAGAAACCUGACACGACUUUGCUACCGUUCCCUACAUAUUUCACGCAAGAAGGUGUGCCUGAAGUCUUGGAGCCCCUAAUUGCUGAUCUUGGUGACGUCGACCCGUUCAUGGCAGCAGAUUAAAGACAGUGGACAAACUUGGAGGACUCAUUUUGUGUUUUCUGCACUCCUUGAGCUCGCCUAUUCCACAAGAUUGUUAAAUUUUGUAUGGAUAUGUGAGCAGUUCCUGAAUCACAAGCUUCAUCCGGUUACUGGCCAGGCUGAUCAAUGUUGUUCCAUGUACAUUACCUGGCAAGUAAACCAGGGCCCGAAGCCCCUAACUCAACUAGGGCUUUUAGCUGAUCGUUUUGAUUGAUCCGAAUGGAACUUCUUUUGUUUAAUAAGUUGUGUAAGCGAAGCCUCAGAUAGAUAUAUAUAAAAUCGGAAUAUUUCACUCCUGAGACGAGGAGCUCC